AUGACAAGCUAUACGUUAGCAAAAAAAGUUAUUGCACCUGUUAAACCAGAACGAGGUGUUUUUCCUCUUGAUCAUCAAGGUGAAUGCAAAGAGUUAAUGUUAAAAUAUAUGUUAUGUUUAUCACGUAAUGAAAGUAAACCAAGUAAAUGUCAAAGUGAAUCAAAAGAGUAUUUUCAAUGUCGAAUGGAUCGAAAUUUGAUGAAAAAACAUGAAUGGGAAGAUUUGGGAUAUUUCAAGGAACAACAAAAAAAAAUUACAGAUUGA